AUGGCUCCCUUUAGACUCGACAGUAUAUUGAUUAUCGACCCGAAAUCUGAUCAUGUUUUGGUUCAAUUUGGGGUGAACGAUGAAACAUUCAUGAUACCGGACUAUAAGAUUCCAUCGUGUAUAUAUAAAGAUUCAAUUACAGGUCACUACUUAUCCACUAAUGAUGAAAAUAAUAAUAAUAUUGAAACCAUUCAUCCUAUAGUGAAUGGUGAAAUUAAAGAUCUUGAAGCUUUUUUACAAUUAUUAAAGACAAUAUAUGGAUCCGUAUUAGCUGAAAAAUCUAAAAACAAUCCAAAUGCGUUCGAUUUAGAAUUAGCUAAUAUUCCAUUAUUAUUAAUUACACAACAUUCAUGGUCGCAGUACCAAUUAGAAAAAAUUACACAUUUUAUCUUUGAAGAAUUAAAGAUUAAUUACAUGAUGUUAUUACCAACAGCCGUAGCAACAGCAUAUGCUAUGGUCUCUCUACAAAAUUGUUGUGUAAUUGAUAUUGGUGGUAAUCAUACAGAUAUCAUACCAAUUGUUGAUUAUACAGCAAUGAAUCAUUUAACAUCAUCACUACCUAUUGGUGGUGAUUUAAUUACUAAAACUUUGAAGGAUAAAUAUUUAUCACAUUUAUCUUUGGAUCAAAUAGAAUCUUUGAAGAAAUCAAAUAUCUUUGAAGUAUUGACAGAUAAUGCUAUUCGUAAGAAAUAUCAAGAUGAUUUAAGUAUUAGUAUGGCUAAUAAUGAUGGUAAUGACGAAGAUAUAAUUAAUGUUGCAGAUCUUGUAACUAGUGGUCGUAACGCUAGAGAAAUUUUAGAAGAGAGAGAACGUAAUAAAAAGGAAAAAAAUGUUUCUAAUGCAGAAUUAGACUUUAAUUAUUUUUGGGAUACAAAUGGUAAUAACAUUAAAGUAGGUAAAGAAAGAUUUCAAGGCUGUGAAAAAUUGAUAAGUUCUAUUUCAAAAAGGGUUGGUAUUACUUUAGGACAAAUUAGUGAUACUACGAAAUUAAAAGCAGUUUGGGAAAAUAUCGUCAUUAUUGGUGGAACGUCCUCUAUUCAAGGUUUUAAAGAUGCAUUAUUAAAUCGUUUGAUUGAAGAUCACUUAAUUACAGAACCAGAAACUGAACCAGAAGAAAAAGAUGAAGUUACAGAGACAAACAAUAAGAAGAAAGCUACAAAGGCUUUCCAAAAUAUGAUAACUUCAACUGUUCAAAAUAUCGAUUAUGUUCAAGCACCAACAGCAAUAAGGCUUGCUAAAUAUGCUGAAUAUUUCCCAGAAUGGAAAAAAUAUGGAUACGCUGAAAUUCAGUUCCUUGGAGGUCAAGUAGUAGCCAAACAAGUCUUUACUCAUUCCAGAGAUGUUUACUAUGUUACAAGAGAAAACUAUGAUAAGUUUGGUCCUGAAUGUAUAUGGGAUGUGGAAUUUUAA